CCGCACCGAGUGAUGCACCGAGAGUGAGAUCUGACCGGCGGGGACCUUGGACGCUGCUCGGAAAAUAUGGAUGACAGAAGGGUGGCGGAUUACUUCGUCAUCGCCGGGCUGCCGGGCCAGGACGACGAGCCCGGCGAGGACAAUGGGAGCAACGACAAGCUGGAGGACUGGUGCCAGGAGGGCACGCAUCUCAAGGACAUGCACAUGCCGCCCCCCAUCACGGACCUUGCCGUAAUAUUCCCCGCGCUGGGCGAGCUCUGCCCGGAGGGGUACACGCUGUUGGAGUGCACCGUGUCCGGCUUCCCGGCGGACCUGAAUCACGGCAGCCUGCGAACGAACGAGUGCUACCUGUGCUACAGACGGGGCCGCGACAAGCCGCCCUUGGUUGACAUUGGUGUGAUAUACGACGGGAAGGAGCGUAUAAUGCAGGACGCCGAAAUGGUGCUGGAGACCCCCAAGGGCUACGUGGCGAAUGUCAACAAUUCCACCUCCAAGAUUUUUGUAACGUACAGGCGAGCGAGUCGGAAGAUGCCCUGCAACUCCCUCGUGGUCACGGACAUAUGCGUUAUCCUGACGAACAAGGGGGAGAGCCCGCCGCACGCUUUCUGCGUCAUCAAUAAGAAUCUGAACAAGGGGAUGCUGGGCAGCGACGUGUUUUUGUGCUACAAGAAGUCGAUGAACCGCGCCAAUUUGGUGUCGUUCAAACCGGCGAUACUCUACAAGUAUCCCGUGACGGAUUACAACAGUUUCGGCUUUCCUAAUUCCGUCGCCAUGUUUUGCCUGCCGAUGGGCGCGACCAUAGAAUGUUGGCCUAAAGUGGCGUGCAAACCCAAGCCGGUGUUCUCGACGUUUGUCCUGACGGUCGCCGACGCCGCUCAAAAGAUAUACGGUUCAGCAAUAACGUUUUACGAGGAGCUGCAUAUGGAGCCCGACACAUCCAACUGCAAGCACAGCCGGGAGAUCAUGAACGCGGUCGAGAAUAAUAAAAACAGUGCAGAUAAUAUGGAGAUAACUAAGGAUAAGCCGCAAGUGAAAAUGAAGCUGUUCAAGAGAUCCGGCAUACUCAAGAAGCUGAGUAUACUGGAGCUGGAAAGGCUGCAGUACACGGAUCCCGCGAGCCAGUCGCUGAACAUUAGCAAAUCCAUAUGUAUACUGUCUCACUGGCCGUUUUUCGACACGUUCGAGAAGUUCUUGGUUUUCCUACACCGCAUGGUCAACGACAAGCCGCAGAGUGUCCCGAUCGAGAAGUACAUCUCGUAUUUUUUAUACGACAUACCCUUCCCGAGCCCGCAGCGCCCGCGAAUCUUGGUGCAGCUCAGUAGUCAGGAUAGGCUGAUCUUGACUCAACCGGAGGAUCUCGCGCUGCCUAGAUCGGGCGCGAGUUUCAGGCAACUGCUGAUAAACUUGGGACCUGACAAUUGUUUAUUGAUACUGUUGUUGAUAUUGACCGAGCAGAAAAUACUGGUUCACUCCUUACGUCCGGACGUGCUGACCUCCGUCAGCGAGGCCAUCGCCAUGAUUCUGUUUCCCUUCAAGUGGCAGUGCCCUUACAUACCGUUGUGUCCUUUAGGAUUAGCAGAGGUAUUGCACGCGCCGUUGCCAUUCCUGAUCGGCGUGGAUUCAAGGUUCUUUGAUUUAUACGAUCCUCCUUCUGAUGUCAACUGCGUAAAUUUGGAUACGAAUAACAUUGCGAUAUGCGACGACAAAAAAUAUCUGAAUGUUAAAUUGCUGCCGAAAAAGGCAGCUAGGCAGCUCCGAAAUUGGCUGGAGCUACUGUCCUCCAAGAUAAUUUCGUGGGGAAAGACUAGCUGUUCUCAAAAAGACAGAGGUGACGAGGACUUUAGCGUGGACAGGGAGUUUCAACAGAAACGCAAGGAGCAAGCGUUAGAGCUUGAAGUACAGGACGCUUUCUUAAGAUUCAUGGCGACCAUUCUCAAAGGGUAUCGAAGCUAUUUGUUGCCGAUUACAAAAGCACCUACCGUAGGGUCGACAGAUCCGACAAGCUUAUUCAAUAUCCAAGCGUUUUUGAGAAGUCGCGACAAGGCCCACGCAAAAUUCUACACCAUGCUCGUGAGAACGCAAAUGUUUAUCAGAUUCAUAGAAGAGAGAAGUUUCGUGUCCGACAUGGACAUGGCGGGGCUGGCGUUUUUCGACGAAUGCACGGAACGGGUCGAGGAGGAAAAUGUGACUCUCUUGGAACUGGAUGAAUCUCAACAUAGUGAGCGUACAGUAUUUAUACCUCCACCUGAAGCAGGGACAAAUCAAACACCAAUAAUAUACAAGUCGUUCAAGUUGAACCCGGAUCUAAUGAGGCCUCAGAAGAACUUCUGUUUAAAGAAUCCAUCUCUAAGUGCCUUCGGUAUGGUACCUGGGAGUCCUAUGGCUCGUAGAACAAAGCAUGAAAUCAAAGUUGCUCAAAGGAUGGCUCGAAAACAGGCCGCGAUGCCCGACAGAUGGGGCAGAUGCCUACUUGGUACGUGUCACAGUCUUUGGUUUCUGCAUUUACCAGCCAUGUUGCAGGCCUCCAGCCAGCCAGCUGCAGUUUUGCAUCAGGCUUACGAGAUAUUAGUCAAAAUGCAGAAAUUACGUCUCGAUCCUAUGGAAGAGGUAUGCUACAGAGCUAUGAUGCAACUUUGCGGAGUGUAUGGGCAACCGGUUUUAGCUGUAAAGCUACUGUUCCAUAUGAAACGCAGUGGUGUUCAACCUAACGCUUUAACGUACGGAUUUUACAAUAAGGCUGUUCUCGAGGCAACCUGGCCUUCCGAUAUGACAAACUCAAGCCAGUUGAUGUGGAACAAAUUACGCAAUGUCAUCGUCGGUGCAGCUUUAUUUAAGAAAGCCGGGAAAAAGAGCGCUAGAAGACGAUUGAGCUCGAAUGUGGAUUUCUUAAGCGCCGAUAAGACUGAAUGCAUGGAACAUGCGCUCUCUCGGUCUAGUCUCGACAGCUCCCAUUCUCAGGACACUGAAGCUGCACACAGUGAUUCCACUAAAGGCAGUUCUGUGUCAGAUUUGCCAGGAUUCGGGUCAUUCGAAUUAAAAGCUAAGCUCCUUCGGCAGAAUAGUAUAGUUAAAGAUCAAACAACGUUAAGUAUGUUGCAAUCGGACGAAUUGGAACAACCGCCAAGUAAUCCAAGGCUAACGCGCAGUGUCGAGUCGCCUUUAAAAAGUCCCAUACGCACACCAGUUACGGAAAAUGACCCAUUGGGUGCUCUCAUUAAUGACGAAACACCGAUUGUGUCGCCUUCCGAGGAAAAUGAUUCGAAUUGCUCAACAAGUACUUUAACUGUUGUAAAUAAUACGACUGAGGAAAGACCAGGAGGGCCUCUCUUAUUCCGAAGCAACAUCCUCCCACGUAGUGCGACGUUUCAUCAAGCAGUAGAUGAAAGUGGCAUGACAGUGGGUGGGCAUUUGCAGAGGAGUGAGACGAUGCCUCACUCCGUGGCGCAACAAGGGGAACAGGAGAGAGAAAAAGAGAGACUGGAAAUAAGCAGUCUUUGGUCUCAGAAUAAGGAUAGCGUAACGUCCAGCCUCUCUAGCUUAGGAUCUAGUCUUAAACUUAGUUUCGGACGAUACUCCACGGGUGGAUUGGCGUUUGCUAAAAAUAAGGAUUUAAUAUCAUCGAAUCAACUUAUUGAAUCUCUUAGUCUCUCCAGUUAUAUCAGCCCGUCGAGUUUAACAGGUAAAAAGUCGAACGAAAUCAUACUCGGUGGUCUGAAUAGCUUGAAGUCCGCUGCGACAACUGUGGUUAAGAAAUUUGACGAAAUAAAGGAAGCCAUCUCAGCGACGAGUACGCCGGUGAAAAAUAAGGAACGCGAACAAAAAAUAGCUUACGGGAUAUCGCACGAGUCUCUGGACUCCCUCACUGACGGAUCUAUACAAGAUCGAAACGAGACUAGGGCGUCCGGUGAUGGAAAUCUAGAUUUGUGUUCAUUAUACGAACUCGCGGAGUGUCUUUAUCCAAAGGGCACGAGGGAGUUAGAGGAACGUCUUGCCAUUGAGCUUGUGCUUUCCAGUGCUAGUAGAUGCCAUAACUGCGCCGCCAUCCUGUACGACGAGGAGAUAAUGGCCGGUUGGCAGCCGGAAGACUCCAACUUGAAUACAGUCUGUCAAUAUUGCGACAAAGCUACUGUUCCCCUUCUCACAGCCACGAUAUUAGAUUAUAGAUGCGAGGCGAGCGAGAAAAAUAGCGAUCCUUUAAUGGGAGCAUUGGUAGAAUUACUAGAUCAGCCGAAAGAAUCGUUGGAGCCGAUAACCGUACCAUAUCUAAAUCCGUUAGUUCUGAGAAAGGAAUUGGAGAGCGUACUGAGUCAAGAGGGGGACGCGUGUCUCACCAAGUACAGGUUUAUUCAGGAACAUCCGAUAGUAUACUGGAAUCUGAUAUGGUACUUCGAAAGGAUUAAUUUGGCGAGUCAUCUACCCGACCUCUGGUUGAACAACGAUAAGAACUCGGAACUCCAAAGGACCGUAGGCUCGGUGGGUGUAAGAACCACGUGGGACAAUGAACGACUGCACAUGGAACGUUUGCCUAUGUAUCUCCAGUGGAAGUCAAAUUCCACAGAAGACAGGACAUUGAUGCAGGCAGUGAUAACGUAUGUCCGUUGCAACGACUUAGCGGAACCUAUAAUAAGAGUGGCCUUAGAAAGAAGUAAACAUCAAACAGGCGUUCAUCCGUUUUCUAUAUAUAGGGAUAUCUUGUUCCUGGCAUUUACUGUAUUGGGGAGAACGAAUAUUGACCAAGGCGUCUUCGACCGGGAAUACAGUUUAUCGCUGGAGAAAUUCUCCGAGAACGAGGAGAAGUUACUGCAUAAAAUUGAUGCGCCGCCGACGAUGAUGUCGGUGUACUGCAGGCAUUACUUCAAGCAACUGAACGUGUAAGGACGAGAGCGAGCAGCCGUAAUCCCGAGGACGCUUGAAGAAGAUUGCUCGAGACACGGAGAAGAGGGUGUGAUAUUGCACGGACAACACUCGCGGGCGCGAGCAUUCUGAUUACUUGCGCAAUAAUUACACUUGCGACGAAUACGCACGCGAGGUACGAUGUUGAAGCAGGUUUCGUCGCAUCUCGAAGCGUGCGAUGUCGCGACAGCGGCGACGACGGCUGCUGCUAACAUGUCGAAUGUUUAUUAUUAUCUAACACGGAGGACUAUUAAUGUUAUCGACGAUGAAUUACGCUCGAGUCCGAUCUAAAGUACCGUUUCUCGAAGCGCGAUCGGCGCCGUAGCGCCGACGUGCGAACUAACGUUACCUCAUCCUCGUUUCUUCAUAAGACUCCGCUUUACUCGCUGACACCCGUGAUACUUGUCUUUGCUUGCGCUGAAAACGGAUAGUUGGAUUCGUGCCCACGGUUCUCGAACCUCGAUCACGCACGCACGCGAAAACUGACGGGAGUAGCCAUCGGGUCGGCUGUGUCGAUAUCGUUUUGGCGCUGAUCACCGAACUAAUUCGUCAGCUCGGGGUUUCUCUCGUUAUCACGGAGACAGAAGGCCGUGAUACACGAAGACAUGAGAAAGUCAUUAAAUCAGUCUGAGCUAUCGAUGCUGCCGAUCGCGAGAUCAGUCAGUGCAAUAGAAGUUGAACGAUAAUAUUUUUAACUAAUCGUACAUCUCUGAUCUUCGUUUAUAAUGUAAUUGUUUUUAACCGUUAUUGAUUCUUUCCUUUGUCUUUUUUUUGUAAUCAAGUAAUCGGGUCGCGCAUGCCUCUGUUUUGUGAUUCAGUAACUUGUGCAGCGCAUUAGCGGUAUCUAAGAGUACAACAUUGAAAAGUGUCAAGUACCAAAGAAUUUACGGACUGUAAAGCGACUGCAAGUUCAAUUCCCUCCAGGUGUGCUGUGACCUUAAAUACGUUUCAGUCCUACACGUAAUAUCCGCGAUGUAAAGGAAAACAAAAAGAGGAAAAAAGGGGGCGGUGUUAAACGGAGCAGCGCCUAAUACCGACUAUUUUUUUUACCGCGAAAAAGAGCAAGAGGAAGAAAGAGAAAGCGCGCGACGUGAAGUGUAGCGUGUGACAUGACGAAACGCAGUAUUCUUUCCUUGUACUCUUAGAUAGAAACGAUCGUUCAUUGCACGGCAAGACACACAGCGUAAGUAUCGUUUCUCUGCGUCCCAGGUGAAAAGUGUUCUUCACAGGGCGUGGCGCGUUGAACUCGACUACUUAUCCUCAAACGUAAAUGCUUUAGCGUGAGAGUGAAUAUUUUUAUGAAUUUUAGACAAUUCCAAGCAUUUGUAAUAGAUUAGCGGAGCUUAGUUAGAUAAGUCGCUGCUCACGAUUUGAUUCUAUGUCGAAAUGGGAUGAAGAGAGAGAAAAUUAUUUGUCGCGGGGGGAGACUCACCGAACGCGACCUUUCGGUGCUGUGCACUUUUCACCCUGGACAAAUGUGAAUGAACGCACGUUCAUUCAUUACAAUACUAUGAAUGUAGAUUACGAAAAUAAAGUCAGUUGAGGUAUUUUACAAAA